AUGUCAGAUCUCAAGGCUUCUGUUGUCGAGACCCAGAACGGCUUCCAUGUCGAGGGCUACGAGAAGAUUGAAUAUGACUUCACCUUCCUCGAUGGCGUCUUCAACCCCGCCAACAACAACCUGGCCAAGUGCUAUGAGCGUUGGGGUCGUUGUCUGGCUGUCAUGGACUUGAACAUCUUCAACAUCUAUGGUGAUGAGAUGCAAAAGUACUUUGACCACUACAACCUGCCAUUGACCAUCCACAAGACCAUGAUUGGCGAGAAGGCCAAGUCAAUGGAGACCCUUCUCAGCAUCGUUGACUCGAUGACUGACUUUGGUAUUAUCCGCAAGGAGCCGGUGCUUGUAGUCGGUGGAGGAUUAGUGACUGAUGUUGCUGGAUUUGCUUGUGCCGCCUACCGCAGGAACACAAACUUCAUCCGCAUUCCCACUACCGUCAUUGGCCUGAUCGAUGCUAGUGUUAGCAUCAAGGUCGCAGUCAACUAUGGCAACUACAAGAACCGCCUGGGAGCGUACCACGCUCCUAUGCACACCUUCUUGGACUUUUCGUUCCUCAAGACGCUGCCUGAGGGUCAGGUACGCAACGGCUUCGCAGAGUUGAUUAAGAUUUCAACAUGUGCUCACAAGCCAACAUUUGACUUGCUGGACAAGUACUGCGAGAAGUUGAUCACUUCCCGCUUCGGCCGUGAGGGUGAUGACAAGGAGGUCCUUCAGGCAGCUGAUGAGAUCAAUCGUGCUGGUAUCCACGAGAUGCUGAAGCUCGAGACACCCAACCUUCACGAGAUUGGCCUCGACCGUGUCAUUGCCUACGGUCACACCUGGAGUCCUCUACACGAGCUCUCUCCCAAGGUACCGCUCCGUCAUGGUCAUGCCAUUUCCAUUGACAUGGCGUACUCUGCCACGUUGGCUAACGAGCGUGGUCUCCUCAGUGACGAGGAGCACAAGAGGUUGUUGAAUCUGUUCUCCAGGGCGGGUCUAUCCAUGGACCACGAGCUCUUUGACGAGGAGAUGCUCGACAAGGCCACCAAGGCCAUCCUCAAGACCCGUGAUGGCCUGCUUCGUGCUGCCGUACCAAACCCCAUUGGUACUUGUGUCUUCCUCAACGACGUCUCUGCUGAGGAGAUGAACAAGGCUCUACGACGACACAAGGAGCUGAUGAAGGAGUACCCUCGCCAGGGUGCUGGUCUCGAUGCGUAUGUCGACGCAUCCGACACUGGAUACACCGUGAACGACAAGCCUAUUGAGGAGGCCAUGAACGAAUCCAAGAAGGUGAUGAAUGGUUUGAGCAACGGUGCCGUCAACGGCACUGCCAAGGGCCAUGCCAAUGGUAUUCCUCAGGGUCUGCAGGAGGUCAUGGUGAACGGAUACGAGAACGGUUACAAGAACUAA